UUACAGAUUUACACAACAAUAUCUUAAACUCAUAUACUGCGGAUGUAAUCUAUGCAUGCAGUGUGUAACAAAAAAGUUGUAAUUCGACCUCCAAAGAAAAAAGUUUGAUGAUAGAAGACCGAGUCCUAGUUGUUUAAUCCCGCUCUAUUCGGAUCGGUUAUUUUUUUUUCAAAUUAUGCGGAUAUUCUCUUUGAGAGCUUAUGGUUAUCUUGUCUUCGUGUGUAAAAUAUUAAUAAAACAAAUUUGUAAUAUCAAAUACCAAAAUCUACUUGACGUCCCCGUGUAAACCCUAUAAUAUAUAUAUCUUCACAUCACUCAAUUGUAUCAUUAAAGUUAUUUCGAACCUAUCCUCCUCCUCCGUUCUUGAUUUUCAUAAGAUCCGAUCUCUCUUACGGCUGAGAAAAUAUGGGGAUCAUAUCAUCUAGGCAUCUGAAAAUUGAACACAGAUCUCACGUUUCGUCAAGCACUUGGCGUCGAUACGACGAUUUCAUGAAAGGAGGUCCUUGUAAAGAAGAAUUCAGUCUUUUUCAAGAUUGCGUGCAUGAAGCUGAAAAGAAGAGGGAACUUACCGGUCCAUGUUACCCGAUUUUGGAGAAGUGUAUGGAGGCUCACUCUGAUUACUAUCAGCCCAUUCUUGAGUCAGAUAAAGCUGCUGAGAAAAUUCUGUACGAAGGCCUAAUGAAAGCUUUCCUGCCGUUAACGGUUCCCCUAAAUGAAAUGAACGAAGACGCAAAUAAGUUUAUAACAUUCAUGGAAGGAGGUGAUUGCAAAGAAUCAUUUACGGCUUUGAGGGUUAAUUGCGAUUUUACUGAGGAAGCUGGGAAUAACAACGAAGAUUUGUUCACUAAAUGUGCGGGACUCUUUGGGACACUGCUUAAGUGCGUGGCCGAUCACUCAGAUUACUAUCAUUCAAUUGUGUCUGUGACUAAAGCUACCGAAGAACAUUUGGAGAAGGACCUAGAAGCUUUAUUCUCGAAAGCAAGCUAAGAAAUAUGAUUUAGAGGAUUUUGGUUUUUUUUUAUAUAUAUAUUAUUAUUUUUUCUUUUACUUUUUAAGAAAACUGAAACUUUUCCACCUCAAUGAAUACUCUUUCCUUUUUUUCUUCUUAUGAUUCUAGAUGU